UGCUCCGUCAAGAUGCCUGGUGGCGUUACAGUUAAAGACGUUGACUCUCACAAGUUUGUGAAGGCUUUGGCCGCCUUCCUAAAGAAGUCUGGCAACCUCAAGAUCCCAGACUGGGUAGAUCUUGUCAAAACCGGCAAGUUCAAGGAGCUUGCCCCCUAUGACCCCGACUGGUACUACAUCAGAGCAGCCGCCAUUUUGAGGCACAUCUACUUGAGGGGAGGUGUUGGCGUCGGAGCUCUCAGGAAAAUCUAUGGAGGAAGGAAAAAUCGUGGAUCAGCUCCCAGCCACUUUGAAGUUGGCUCUGCCUCUGUGGCCCGGUCUGUCCUGAAAGGUCUUGAACAGAUAAAGUUGGUUGAGAAGGCUUCAACUGGCGGCCGUAACAUCACCAGCCAAGGCCAGCGCGACAUGGACCGAAUCGCUAGCCAGGUCCUUGGACAACACUGAAUGUCUUUGUAACAAAUGCAACAGAGCAAUUAAAAAUACUUGCGAAUA